AUGACGCCGGUAGCUGUGGACCCUGCAAACUGGCCCUCCGGUGCGUCCCUGGACGAGGAGGCGGUCUCUGCGCUGCACACGGCGCACCAUGCGCAGCCUAGAAGUGUCCUGGGCUGCCACAGGCUGGCCCAUAGCGACGACAGUGGCUCCGAUCUGUAUGUCUUUCGCAUCUGGCAUCAAGCCCUUGAAAGAGAUUGGGAGGCGGAGAAGAAAGAAGUCAAACUGCAGCUGCUGCUGGACGAGGAAUCCAAGCCGAUUCCACUGGUCCGCCGCUGCGCAUGGCUUUACGAAGCUGUGGUGCGGCUGCCUGCAGACUGGCUGCCGCCCGAUGACGGCGCCGGUGGAGCACCGGUGGGCGGGGUCCUCCACUUGCCCAGAUACUACGUGAUCGCCCCCGCGGAGGAGGGAGAGCAGAUCCUCCACGACUGCUUUGGCUACAUCGGCUUCUUGCUUGCCGAGGUGGAGAUCGAGCAGCUGCAGCAGGGCAGCUUUCCUACGAUUGCCGAUGCUCUGGGCUGUCAUGCAGUCACGGCCGGUGGCGUAUGCGGCCUGCGGUUUGCGACCUGGGCACCGAGGGCCCAAUUCGUCAGCGUCGUAGGAGAUUGGAACACCUGGGAUGGCCGAGCGUCGCCGAUGGCACGGCGACACAGAGCGGAAGGUGGGGGCUUCUCCGGCCUUUGGGAAAUCUUUGUUCCUUUCGGCCCUGACUUGUCGCACGUGCCUUUUGGAAGUACGUACGGCUUCAAGAUUCAUACUGGGGCGGGCCUGGACAUCGUGAAGAUGGACCCCUUUGCGCAAGAGUUUGAGAAGCCCAGCGACCUGCACCAGAGCCCUACCUUCAACGCCUCUGUGGUCAGUGCUUGUGACGACAACUACCGACCAGAGCCGUUUGAGUGGGGCGACGAGGCGUGGAUGCUGGCUCGUGAGGAGCGAGGUCGCCUAAACACAGCCUUGCUGCAGCCGAUGGCCAUCUACGAGGUGCACUUGCCCUCGUGGCGGCGUGGUGCAGAUGGGGAGCUACUGAGCUACAGGGAGCUCACGCAGCCCCUCAUUGACCACGUCAAGGCUCUGAACUUCAAUUGGGUCGAGCUCAUGGCUCUGGCGCAUCACCCCUUCCUCGGCUCCUGGGGCUACCAGGUCUCAGGGUACUACAGCUCUUUUUCGCUUAUGGGCUCGCCCGACGAUUUGAAGCACCUCAUCAAUGAGCUGCAUAAGGCAGGCCUUGGCGUAAUUAUGGACUUCGUUCCUGCGCACUUUUGCAGGGACGCCUGUAGUUUUGGCGACUUUGACGGCACACCAACGUACGAGUACGAGGACCCACGCGAAGGAGAACAGAGGCAAUGGGGAACCAAAAUCUUCAACUUCCGGAAGAACGAGGUGCGCAGCUUCCUCGUGGGCUCUGCGCUGUUCUGGGCCGAGCGCUAUCACAUCGAUGGCUUCCGGUGCGAUGCUGUUUCGGCCAUGAUUUACCGAAACUUUGGUAAAGCCGAUCACGAGUGGGUUCGAAACGAGCAUGGCGGUGACAGCAACUUGGAAGCCGUGUCACUUCUGCGCGAGCUGAACAAGUCCAUGAAGCAGUUCUGGCCAGGUGUGGUGAUGAUCGCAGAGGAGUCCACUGCCUGGGAGGGCGUCACGACCCUGAGGAACGUCUCCUCUGGUCUCGGCUUCGAUCUGAAGUGGGAUCUGGGCUGGAUGAAUGACACGCUCAUCUACCUCGAGGAGCCGGCCUGGAACAGGCCUUCGAAUCACAGCAAGCUCACCUUCCGAUCUCAGUACAUGCAGAACGAGCGCUUCGUUUCGCCCCUGUCCCACGACGAGGUGGCGAACAUGAAGGGCAGCUUGGUGGAAAAGAUGGGCCGCAAGGAUGGACUUGGCUUCUACGACAAGUUGCGCUUACUCUGCGCCUACUACGGCUUUCAAGCCACGGCUCCCGGGCGCCCGCUGCUUUUCAUGGGACAGGAAUACGGCCAGGGUCGCGAGUGGAACUGCUACCAGUCUCUCGACUGGCACGAGGGCGAGGAAGAUCACAGAAAAGGAGUUUGCGUUUGGCUCGCAGACCUUCUGGGAGUCUAUCAGCACCACCGUCCUCUUCACAUGGGAGACGACUUUCCGCAGACGCGGCAAUUUCCUAUUGGCUCGAUGAGCUUUGAGUGGGUCGAGAACAACGCAGGCGCCUGCGUGAUCGCUUUCUGCCGACACUGGAAGGGAGAGAGACCUGUCAUGGCCGUCUUCAAUUUCGGGAGCCAGUAUCACCAUGGGUAUACGAUCGGCAGCCCCUACUGGGGAGGCUGGCAGGUGCUCCUAAACUCCGACGACCGCCGCUAUGGCGGCCGCGGGGGUGGGCCGGGCAACUCGAGCUGUCUCUGGACUGGCAAAGCACGAUCCGACUGCUCGGAUUCGCUGACCUUGGACAUCCCAUCCAAUAGUUGCCUCGUUCUCUUGGCCCCGGAGAACUUCGAAGACAGCAAGGCAGCGCGCCAACCGGUCGGAAUGAAGGGCACGGCCGACACCAUGUGCGCAGAUAUCGAGUAUUGCCUGGGCGAUAUCGGCUUCUGA